AUGGCAACCCAUCAGCCCACCGCGGCAAUGCCGCCCAUGAUGUACGGCACCGCCUGGAAGAAGGAGCGUACCGCCGACCUCGUCUACGAGGCCAUCAAGGCCGGCUUCCGCGGAAUUGACACGGCCGCUAUGAAGAAGCAUUACGAUGAGGCCCUCGCAGGCGAGGGCAUCCGCCGCGCCAUCCGCGAGGGCCUCGUCUCGCGGAGAGACCUUUUUAUCCAAACGAAAUUCACGCCCCUUGACCCCACUUCUCCUUAUUCCAUGUCCGACCCAAUCCCGACGCAGAUACACUCCUCCAUCACCUCUUCCCUCACCAACCUCUCCACGCCAGACCACUCCCCCCCCUACCUCGACGCCCUCGUCAUGCACUCCCCCUUCCCCUCCAUUCCCCAGACCCUCGAAGCCUGGUCCGCCCUCCAGUCCUACCUCCCCGACUCCCCGGACCCGUCCCGCCGAGGCAAGAUCUUCCGCCUCGGCAUCUCCAACGUCACCCUACCCGUCCUCCAUGCCCUGUCCUCUUCCCACCCGGCUGCACCCCCCACAAUCGUGCAGAACCGGUUCCGCGCCGCAGAACGCAACUGGGAUCGCGACGUGCGCGCUUGGUGCUCCUCCCAGCAGGGUGCGGAUGUGAAAUACCAGGGGUUCUGGACCCUGACGGGGAACGUCGCGACGUGGCAGCGCGAGGGCGGGUUCGUGCAGGAACUGGCGGAAAAGGCCGGGAUUUCGAAGGCCGCGGCGUGGUAUGUGCUGCUUGUGGAGGCAGGGGUGGUGGUGUUGAAUGGGACGGGGGACAGGGGCCAUAUGAAGGAGGAUUUGGAUGCCUGGGGCAGGGUGAAGGAGUGGAGGAGGUCGGAGGCGGAAGGGGAGGAGGGUUGGGAGUGGUGUUGGGAGCGGUUCAAGGGGUUGAUUGGGGACUGA